AUGGCAUUACCAGUAAAAUUCGAAGAACCAAUUGAUUACUUCACAAAAUGUCUGCAGUGUUUUAAGGAAUAUCAGUAUUUAUUUAAAUUCCCAAACACAGAUCUAUUGACAGAAAAUGUUUUGGAAUGUAUUGAGAUUGAUGAAAUAGAUUUUACUAUUAACGAGAGCUGUGACCUUAGAUCUACAGUUUGCAAUUAUUUGGACACAUUUUUUGAGAAAUUUGAUAGAUUGAAAUCUGAAUAUACUACAAUUAAACACACAGAUUUAGAUUUCUUGUUAAAUGUACCUUUAAGUCCUAAAAAGAAACACGAAAUUACGUAUUUAGCGAAAGAAAUAAAAGAUUUUUGUGAGGAAAUUAAUUGUGAGACUGUUGUCGAUUUUGGUUCAGGGCUGGGUUAUUUAGAUCAACAAUUAUACGAAACCACAAAUCUCAAUGUUCUGGGAUUAGAGUGUAAUGAAAACAAUUACGUUGCAGCAAAACGUCGUCAAAGAAAAUAUCAUAUAAAUUCACUUUCACGAGUUAAGUAUAUAAAACAUACAAUAAAUGAAAAUUCUAAAAAUAAUAUAGAAGAAUACUUGUGUGAUAAGUUCCUAAAUUGUGAUAGUUUUUGCAUAACCGGACUCCACGCAUGUGCAGAUUUGACAAUAGAUGCCAUUAAUAUAUUUUUGAACUCAAAAACUGCAAACGGUUUAGUCAUUAUGUCUUGUUGUUAUCAUCGAAUGAUAUCAGACAAUGGAAGGUUUAAGAAUUUUCCCUUGAGCGACGCUUUAAAAGAAUGUUGUGAUGAAAAUUCCUUGGAAAUAUUAUCGAUACCAUUUUUAAGAUUGGCAGCACAGACGUCAACCCUUGGUACUAAAAUUGAAGAUUCGGUUUUUAAUUUAUUAGCUCGAGCUGUACUGCAAGUCUACGCAUUCAAAAAUAAUUUAAUUCUAAAAAGAACGAAACGAAAAGCAGUUAGAUUAAAAUCCGUAAAAAACAAUUUCGAAGAUUAUGUACAAGAUGCAUUGACUGGUUAUCAAUUGAUACGUGGAAACGGAUCAAAUAAUACAGAAAAUAUCAAUUUCGAUGUCGAAGAAAUUAUUUCAAUUUGGCGGGAGUUACCUGAAUUGACAUUUAAAAAGGCAGCUAUAUUUGUAUUACUCCAAAAUUACUUACAACCAGUGUUUGAAAAUUUCAUAUUAUACGACAGACUAAUAUAUUUGCAAGAACGCGGUAUAUUAUCUUGUAAAUAUAAAAAAAUUGUAGAUAACAAUAUAUCACCCAGAUGUUUAGCUUUAAUAGUGAAAAAGCAUUAA